AUAUUUAUUCAGGUCCUGUAAAAGAUGAAAAAUCAUAUCCUGUGGGUUUUGACUGAGACUGGUCUCUAUUAUAGGUGUAAUGACCCUUUCUCUUGGUUCUUGGUAGAGAGGACAAAAUAACAUGUAAUGAACAAGGUCCUCUACCUCUUGACAACCAUAUACACAAGUCCCUGAGGAGGGCCAUGACCGAAUACAAGCUAGUAGUGGUGGGUGCUGGUGGUGUUGGGAAAAGUGCCCUGACCAUUCAGCUUAUCCAGAAUCACUUUGUUGAUGAAUAUGAUCCCACUAUAGAGGACUCUUAUCGUAAGCAAGUAGUGAUUGAUGGAGAGACUUGUUUGCUAGACAUUCUGGAUACAGCAGGACAGGAGGAAUAUAGUGCCAUGAGGGACCAAUAUAUGAGAACUGGCGAAGGUUUUCUCUGUGUGUUUGCCAUUAACAACAGCAAAUCCUUUGCAGAUAUCAAUCUUUACAGAGAGCAGAUAAAGAGAGUGAAAGAUUCUGAAGAUGUACCAAUGGUGUUAGUGGGAAACAAAUGUGACUUGCCAACACGAACAGUAGAUACCAAACAGGCCCAUGAAGUAGCCAAGAGCUAUGGGAUUCCCUUCAUUGAAACAUCUGCCAAAACAAGACAGGGUGUUGAAGAUGCCUUUUAUACACUGGUGAGGGAGAUCCGUCAAUAUCGGAUGAAAAGACUCAACAGCAGUGAAGAUGGGAAUCAAGGCUGUAUGGGGCUGUCAUGCGUUGUGAUGUGAUUAGGUGCCUGAAAGACUUAUCCAAAGUGCAGCUAAAGGUUGAACCUUAAUUCUACUGUGUUGUGUUUCAUGAUGAUGCCUGGCCAGUAUCCUGGUGCCUGUUGACCAAUACUAAAUUUUUCUAUCAGCACCAAAAGAAAAUGUCUCUGAACAUCUACCUCUUUUCUCAGCUGAGCAAGCAAAGAAAAUCUCAUCUGUUAUGUGAUGGGAUUUCCUCUUUUUUUCCCUCUCGGGUAGGUUUAACCAGGGAAACUAAUUAUGUGUGAAACCAUAGAGGCCAAGUGCUAUGAAAGCAUCUCUUUUUUUCUGGAAGAAAAGCUGGAACAAAUUAUAAACAGUGUGUAUGGAAAUCCACUACUUAGCACUGUGUGGUAAUACUGUGCCUGACUUCCUAGACAACAUUUUCAGAUAAGAAGGGACUUGCUACACUUUUUUGUACUGUGUACUUAAAAUGUUCCUAUAUAGCACAUCAACCUAUUGCAUAUGGCCUCUUGAACUCUUGGCUUUUUUGUUUAUUGCAAAGGGAAAGAUCCUUGGUAAUCCUGUGCCUAAUUCCAAAGGCAUGCCAAAUUUUGUCCUAACCUGACAGGUUGCAAGAAUGUUUGGGAUCUUAGCAGGCCCAUAUUGAAUAGUUGCCUUAGACCAUUGGUCUGUCUAACAUACUACUUUCUGCACUUGAUUGGCAGUGGUUCUCCUCUUUUCCAGUACUGCUGCAUGAUCCUUCUUAACUGGACUUGCCAGAGAUUUGAUAUGGGACUUUCUGCAAGCAGAAUGUGAGCUCUGCAAUUGAGCUAUCCCAUACCUCCACUCGUGAGUAAUGCACAAGGACUUCUCUUCACCAUUGACUGAAUGGCACUUUGAUCUGUAACACCCUGUGUGGGGAGACUGGCUAUGCUCCAGGGUUAAAUACAUUCCAUUUAGAUUUUUUACUCUGCUUGAAGCCUUUGGUGCUUCCCACUAAAGCCAGUUAACAGCUGUGGAUGCUACAAGUACCAACUGUUUCAAUGCCAAACUUAAUUCAUGGCUCUGUGAGGGCCUAUUAGGGAAGAAUGAGUUGCCCUAGCUAUCUAUACACUUCUGUUUUGUUUUGUUUUGAAUUAAAUAUCUCUGUUCAUCUUUGU